AUGACUGCCCCGACUGGAGCCUCCUUCAACCCGACGCAGGAGGGGGUGGCCCAGAUAGUCUCUCUGCUCACCGAUGUGCACAAGCCGGGAGCCAAUCAAUCAGAGGUGUAUGCACAGCUCGACCGCUGCAAGGCUUACCCAGACUUCAACAACUACCUUGCCUUCAUCUUCGCCUCGGGGGAUGGGCUGCCCAUAGAGGUACGCCAGACGGCGGGCCUGCUGCUUAAGAACAACGUGCGGGCACACUAUGGCAGCAUCGCAGAGGACUUUCGUGCCUUCAUUAAAGCCGCGCUGCUUCCAGUGCUGGGUCAUGCGUCGCGCCCGCUGCGCCACACCGCGGGCACCUGCGCCGUCACGAUUGUCAACCUGACGGGGCUUGGCGCCUGGCCAGAGCUGGUGGCGACGCUGGCAGAGGGGCUGGACUCGGGGGCAGACAGCAACCGGAUUGCCGAGGACCAGCCAUUGCAGAUGGACGCGCAGCUACCAGGCGCUGGCAACCAGCGGGUGGCCGAUGUGCUGGUGCCCCGUGUGCUCAAUCUGCUAAGUGCGCCCACUGCCGAUCUGCGGGCCCUGGCUGUGUCUACGCUCAACCAGCUGGCCAACAUCAUGCCUGGCGCGCUCAUUGACAACAUGGACAGGCAAGUGCCUGGGCAGGCUUGGGGUGGGAGGCAGGGCUCUUCGGAAAAAGGAUUCCUCCAGGGUCUGUUUCACCUGGCACUCGACUCUUCCACCUCUGUGCGCAAGGCGGUGUGUCAGGGGUUGGUGGCGAUGCUGAUGGCUGUGCCCGAGCGCCUGGUGGCUUCCAUGCCCGACCUGAUUGAGUACAUGUUGAAGAGCACGCAGGAUGAAGACGAAGGCAUUGCUGUUGAGGCAUGCGAGUUCUGGACCGCUUUUUGCGAGUCGGAAGUGGACAAGGAUGUGCUGCGCCCUUCGCUGCCCCGCGUGCUGCCCGUGCUGCUAAAAAACAUGGCAUAUGAGGAGUUUGAUGAGGAGGUGCAGGAUGCAGAGGAGCUCGAAGAGCAGGCACUACGGGGCAGUGCCACACAGGCAGACCGAGAUGACGAGAUUAAGCCCUAUAUCCACAAGGGGACUGGCCAUGGUGAGGAGGCUGCUGGAGAGGGCGAUGAGGAGGAAGAUGAGGAGGGCGACGGAAUCGUGCAUUGGAACUUGCGACGCAGCAGCGCUGCGGGCCUUGACAUGCUGAGCAACCAAUUUGGCGAUGAACUUCUGCCCAUCAUCCUGCCCAUCGUACAGCAGCGGCUCCUCGAACCCGAUUGGCGGGCGCGCGAGUCUGCCAUCCUGGCGUUGGGAGCCAUUAGCAAUGGGUGCGCCACGGGGCUGGCGCCUUACCUGCCCGAGAUGGUUGCUAUGCUGCUGCCCACGCUCAAGGACGCACGGCCCAUGGUGCGCUGCAUCAGCUGCUGGGUGCUGGGACGGUACAGCAAGUGGCUCCUUGAGCGUGCUGAAAGCGGGCAACGCGGCGAGCUGGAUUCCAUGAUGGCGGCAGUAUGCGAGCGCUGCCUGGACCACAACCGCCGCGUGCAGGAGGCGGCCUGUGGCGCCCUGUCCACCUUUUUGGAGGAGGGCAAGCCGGAGCAGCACAUGGCGCCAUACAUGGCUGCAGUGCUGCAAACACUGGCUUCCACGCUGCAACUGUAUGGCCGCAAGGCUAUGCGAAGCGCGUAUGACACCAUCUCCACUGCAGCAGACCAGGCACCCGGCCUGCUCAGCCAGCCGGCAUUGGCGCAGAUCAUCCUGCCUCCAUUGUUUGGCAAGCUGGACACGCUGCCCGACGGGGAUCGUGAGCUGCUGCCGCUUAUGGAAUGCCUCACGGCAGUGGCGGCCAAGUCGGGGCAACAGACAGAGCAGUUUGCAGCUGCCUGCUUUUUCCGAUGUAUUGGCUUGAUAGAGCGGGCUGAGCAGGCUGCAUCAUCAGGCGCGUUCGACCCAGACGAGGCUGCCGAGUUUGUGGUGUGUGCCCUGGACCUUAUCAGCGGUCUGACUGAGGGUCUCGGUGUCAGCAUAGAGAGCCUGGUGGGGCGUUCACCGCUACGCGAGAUCAUCGUGCGCAGCUGCAAGGACCCCGAUGCUGACAUUCGGCAGAGCGGGUUUGCGCUGGUGGGAGACCUGGCCAAGGCGUGCGCGCCACACAUCAAGCCCGCGAUGGCAGAAGUGUUCACAUCGGCCAUGUACAACUUGCAGCCGCAGAUGAUUAACCAGCGCACGCUGUCAGCUUGCAACAACGCGGCAUGGUGCAUUGGCGAGGUGGCUAUCAAGUGCAGCAGCGAGGAGCUCAAGCCAUUUGCGCUGCAGGCGCUGGAGCGGUUUGUUUGGAUCCUGCAGGUACUGCUGUUGAGUCAAUCUCUGCUUGCUCCGCGCAUGUGCGCUGCACUGCGCGGCAUCCGGGAUGACAUUGAGAAAGAGCACGCCUUCCUUGGGCUCUGCGCACUGCUGCGGCUCAACCCGCAGGGCGCGGGCGGCUGCUUCACUGUGUUGUGCGGGGCAAUUGUGAGCUGGCGCCAUGUUGGCUGCGAGGGGCUGCACAAUGAGCUAAUCCAACUCAUGCAGGGCUACAAGGCGCAGCUCACGGGGAUGGGCCAGUGGGAUGCCGCCAUGGCCACCCUUCAACCUGCAGUGCAGCAGAAGCUCAGCGCCAUGUGCCAGCUUUGAGCUCACCCUCAGACCCGCCGUCUAGUUGCCCCGCCUGUGCCAUGCCUGUGCCUGUCGGACAAAGCUGGAGGCCAGCCAGCCAGCCUUACAAGAAAAUGUCAUUUGCUUCACUGACUACCACCAGCAGCAGCAGCAGGGAGGAGCGCUCUUGGAGAGUGUGCCCCCUUUUUCGCCACGCAUUCACUUGCCAGCCCUGCAAUCACGCAGCUUAACCGUCAGCCGUUUCUGCACGGCAGCAGCCAUCAUCCCUCAGCACUUGAUCCCUCUUUGUUCCCUCCUCUCGGGGUAGCACGUCAGCCGUUGCCUCUUCUUUUCUGUCAACCAUGCAAGCUCCACACUGCCUGUC